GUGCGUCAUUGUCUCCAGCCUCGUUACUGACGCUAAAGGGAGAUGAUAACUCUUUUGGCAAGUGUUUAAAUACUUUUCAGGUCUGUGAGACUGCAACCUGCUGUUAUCAAGAUCAAAUGUCAAGCCUGUAAUGUGAGGAAUUUUUGCCUAAGCAGACAAACUGUCUUCUUGCACUUCCUGACUGUGUUCUAUCAGUAUGUGUGGGGGUGUGUAUAAUCAUGAUUUCAUUCUUGUGCAUUUAGAGAGGAGGGCAGACAAGUAUUUUAUCACUAAGCUGACAGGUAUAAAUGAACUUGUGAAAGGAGAACCAGAUGUCUGGACUGUUUUUAUGAAGCAGAUGCACAAGAAAUAAGAGGAUUCAUGUCAGUUUUCCAGUCUUUGAGGAUGUGCCUGAUAAAGGAGUAAAACCUUAUUCAAAACAGAGAGUGAGGAAACCCGGAGGAUUUGUGAUGUCUUCCCUGCGGGUUAAAAGGUUGAGUAGCAAGAAGAAAAGACCUCAGACGGGCAAUGCAGUGGCAGAGACUCUGCAAAUGCUUGGCCUGGAGGCCUACAGCACAAAACAACUUGACUCGGCAUCAGUGUUAAACAUCACUACAUGGGUUCUUGAGAACAAACAACCUCUUGAGCUUAAGGAUUUACCAAAUGCUUUUCUUAGACGUCUUUGGCUGCUCAGUGAAGAUGCCCGGAGCUCAUGUUGCCAGCCUCAGGUUGACCCUCUAAAUAGUAAUGGCAAACUACCUGAGGAAAACCUCUGCAGCUCUGAGGAAAAGAUGCAAAGAGCAAUCAACCCCCUUGAUCUGAUCACAUCUGUAUUUUUAUCCGCUGACACAUUUCUUCAACAGGAGAUAACUGUGCGCAUGAUGCAAUGCAAGUUUGCUGUGCCUUUAGUCCUACCAAAUGCUGAUCCAGAAAAGCCCAGUCAGUUUCUUCUUUGGCCUUCAAGAGGUGUUGUGGGGCAAUGGAGAUCUCACUCUAUGGAACAAAACAGCAGAAUACAAGACAGCAAUUUGGCAAGCACGCCCAUGCCAAUUGUUUCUUGUGUAAAGCUUGGCAGAUGCAGUAUCUCAAAGUCACAGGUACUUAACUAUGUUCUUAAGGGGCCUAAAUCAAGCAGUGACACAUUCAUACACAGGGACAUGGAUGGAGGGCAAGUUCCCCGAAGAAUCGCCAACGGUCUAGUGGAAAUUGGAUGGUACCUCCCCACUGGAGUAAUUGACAUAGAUGUUUACCCCAGCCCUUUUGUCAUCUGCAAUUUACGUGGUGAUGGCAGCAAUCAUGAGAGUUGUCUUAAACUUUUGUGUCAAGCAUCGUCAGCUCUUAUAAUCUUAUGUGGAGAUUUUAAGGAGAAAGAAAUCCAUCUCCUAAAAUAUUGCAAAGAAAUGGCAAGUAAACUAAUCCUAAUUGAUGUGCAGAGUACAGAAAGAGAAUUGACCUCAAUUACAGGAUGUGUUGGGCAGAACCUUGAAGAGUAUCUAGGGCUUCCCAACGGGGCUGUGAUUAGAGGGAGUACUUUUAGUGAAGAAGAAGUUGCCAAGAAUUUUUGUGAAAUCCUUCAACAUUGGGCACCAGAUAAUCUAAAACCUGUCACACUUGAGGCAGCAGCAAAAUUAGCAUUAGACUUGGGCCUAAUAAUGGAUGAAGGCUCAGUCUGUAAGAAAGCAAUGGCUACAGUGGAAGAAGUGCUAAAGGGGUUAGAUGCAGGGUCAGUUGAAUUUCAGCAGGAACAGCUGCCUUUGCAGGGGAAUAUGUGGAGCAAACUAGGAGAUCUAGAUAGGGAGGAAAGCAAACUGAGAAAAUUAGGGACAGAACCUGAACCCCAACUUCUAAAAGAAAAAAAAGACAUAUUGGCAGAGUUAAGCAGUUACAAAAUAAAGCCAGCUAUGAAAAUUUUUAUAGAUGCUCUUCUCACAAAGGACAAAAUUGAGAGGAAUUAUUUCCUUACUUGGCUAAAACUGAGGCUUCAUCUGAUACAAACAGAAAAAAUAAACAGGUCGCAAGAGUCAGGGCCACAAAAACCAAAACAUCUGGAAAACCAUGAAAGUGAACCUGUUAUCAGUAUAGAUAGUGUAAGUUUCUGUACAGAUUCACUAUCUGAGGAGGAAGCGAAGGUAGAACAAGGAAACACUCAAAGGGAAAAUGUCCAAUGUGGUGAAAAAGUGCAGCCUAAUUUACCUUAUGCAGAAGAGUCUAUAACAGAUGUAUCAUCUACUACCAAACAACGAUUGUACUGCAAAGAGUCCUUUGAAAAUUCCAACGCCUUUAAUCCACAGGGUCUUCAGCCAAAAACGUAUACAUUAAGCAUUGAGCACUUUUUCAGAGAGAUGGGUCUGAUUUUUGAGUUUACACACAUGAGUAAGGGUCAGAAUGUGAUGCGUUUGCCCAAUCUAACAGCAGAUCUACUUCUCUCUGGGGUUCCUUUGGAACUAAUGGAUGGAGAUUCAGUAAACAUCCCUAUGUGCUGGCUUGGUUGCGUCUUUGCAGAGCUGAAACGCUGCCUACGUCAAGCGCAGUUAAGGACUAGAGUACUGACAGUUCUUGGUAACCAUUAUGCCAGAAAUGCGGAAGUUUUAUCAGGAUUGUUUGGAGUUAAACUCCCAGAAGGAUGGAGAGGAACAAACAAAGGGAUGUAUUUGGUUGUCCUAAAUCUUCCUGAUGAUCUCCGAAAAGAAUUUGAUUUUGAUGUUCUUUUUUUAACUGAUGUGGAAGGCCUUGGCUUUGUCUCAAGAGAAAUUAAAAAAGAUACAUUGAUUCAGGACAACAUAAUGGCCACAGUUGCAGUGGGACUAAGUGAUGUUGUACUCCAAAACAUUUCUCCUCCUGCUGGCAAUGAGUUUGAGACAACAUUUAACAUCAUGGUCAAUGCUCUCCUAUGUGCAAAAGAACGCAGUGCAUUCCCCAUCUGCCAAAUCCUGACCCAGGAUGAGGGUAUAAACUGUGUUUUACAGGCUUCACAAUUAAGGCGUGUUUGCAAGAUUUUACAGACUCAAGAAAAAAGUGAUAUUAAUAAUCUCCAUGCGUUAAAUCCAAACAGCACCACAUUUGUGAGAGGACCUUGGCCCAAUAUUUGUCUUCCAGAAAAAGUUGAAAAACAAUACAGUGAAGAUGUGCUCAAACUUAAAGAAAAGCUAUUUGGAGCUCUUAAAAGGAGUGCAAAGAAGUCUGAAGCCUCAGAUUUUAUUGGACGCUUGUGUGAGGUGUGGGAAGUAGUAAAAAGUGAUUUAUUCUCCCAUAGUCUACAGAAUAUUGACAUUGCUUUAGUCUUUGCUUUGCUCUGCAUAGAAUUUUCCCAAUGGGAGAACAGUCUUUUGGAAAACAUUGAGGACUGGUUAAUGGGGGCAACAAAGAAAAUAUUUCUCACCAAGGCAUUAGAUGCUACUGCUCAAAAUGUAUCCCUGAAUGAGUUGAAGAAAGAAGCUGGGGAGGAAGUAAAAUCAGAAGUCAACAAAUUCAAAUCUAAAGCAGAAAGCUACAUGACAACGGAAGAAAUUCUCAAAGCAAACUCUAAGAGAUUCUGGCCAAUUCUACAGAACAACAUAAGCAACCUCCAGGAAAGAGUAACUGAAGAGGUCAUGCAAAAGUUAGACACAAUCAAUGAGUCGCACUGUUCUUUCUCUCAGAUAAAAAUUUUUGAAAAAUCACUAGAAACUGAGCAGGAAUUCAAGUUACUUGCACUAGUGGAGACAAGCAAAUCAACCAAUCUUCUUCUUCAAGAUAAUGUAUUAGAAGAGGAGUUUGAGAUUGUGUGGAAGAAAACAUUGUCCAGUUUCGAUUUCAGGCCUUCAGAAACAGAUGACAUUAGUGCAAGGGUGAGAAAUGUUUUAAAGCAGAAUCUAAUCAGUCGAGACCUCCAUAAACACAUGCAAAAACUUGACGCUUUUGGCCAAAUUGCGACUUCAACCUUCCAAAUAUGUGACGACCAUUUUGGGUAUCGCAGCCGAAUGAAGCAUAUGUUUGAAGAUAACAACAAACAACAGAAAUUAGAAGCUCAAAGGGUAGCAAGCGAAAUCAUUGAAGAGUACAAACAGUUUACUGCUAAUAAAUGUAGCUUAGCAGCAGAUUUCUCUGAUACUUAUAUCACUGAGCUGUUAGAAAUGAUUGAAAAUGGUUUGAAGGAAAAAACACUGGAAAUCAGAUCGGCUUUUGAAGUGGAUUUAAAAAUAUAUCUCUGUAAUGCAGCAUGCCAAGAGUUCCAGAAACUACAUGACCGCUUUGCAAAAGACAGUGAAUUGCUAACAUAUAUCUCUGAAAACAAGAACAAGUAUGAAGCAGAGUUCAUUUACCAGUUUAGAAAACGAGACCAGUGCCACAGGGUGGCCAAAGCAUUCAUAUCCAUGGUCAUCAAACCAUUCGUCUUAGAAUAUACCAAUCAAUCACUAGGGGUGGAUAUAGCAAAUGAGAUUAAAUCUAAAGCUCAACAGUAUCAGUCUCCACAUGCCUUCCAACGAUACAUACUGGAAGAUCUGAUUAAAGAAGACUGCUUUGAAAGGUUUGUAGAAUAUUUGGUGUCCUAUGAAGACUUCAGACUAAGGAAGAUUCAGGAGACAGUAGUUGUUCACCUAUCUGAUACAACUAUUCUUAGUAGAACAAAGCAACAGAGACUUGGAGAAAUUAUAGGAAAGAUAGCAGCUGCAAUUAGUCAAACCGAAGAAUGUACCGGGGGGGUGCUCAGUGAUACGAAGCCACUGCUGGAACGAGUCUGUCUUAUUUUGAGGAGAGAUGUAAACCUUGAAGUUGAGAAAGAGCUUCUAAAUGGCCCCCUCUUUAGCAUCACAACAGAAUGGGAUCGCUUUGUCAAAUGUUUAAUUGAGCUACUUGCCACAAUGCGUUUAGAACUUGGCAAGCAAUUCAAUCAAAAUGUGGAUGUACUUGGGGUUCUUGCUGACCUUCCAGUUCAGCCCCAGGACAUCCUUCUUCAAACAGUAAGAGGCUGUGACAAAAUAUGUCCUCUUUGCAAAGCUCCUUGUGAGGAAGAAAAGAUUGGACAUGAGGUCCACAGCUCUCUGCUCCAUAGACCCAAAAACCUGCUGCCUCAUGACCUCAGUUCUCCACCUCAUCUCAGUUGCCCAGACACCAGCAAAGACGCAUAUAGCAAAUUCAUGAUAUGCAAUAAUCUUAAUUUCCAAGAUCCAAACUGGAGAAAUGGCUCUGAUGACCUGAACAACAAGGCCAAUAUCUACUGGAGGUAUGUGUUGGUGAGAUUCAAUGACAAAUUUGCAGCAGAAUUCAAGCAAGAACAAGCAACGGUUCCGGAGGAUUGGAAUCAAAUCACAAUGGAGGAGGCAUUGGACAGUUUAAAUACAGUCUUUUCUAGACAAGAGAGCAGCUGAAAUCUGACAUCAGUUUAUUUUUUUUAUUAUUUAAGUAAUUAAUGGAGUCAUAUCCAUCCAUAAUACCUUUAAUUAGUUUUGAUUAUAACUUUUUAUUUUUAAUGAAAACAUGUAGAUUGGUUUAAACUUGAAUGGUAUUUUUAUAUUCAAUUUUUAAAGUUAAAUAUAUUUUACAUUGUUUUUUUUAUCCUUCUCUCUUUAUUAUCAUAAAUAAAAACUAGAUGGUUAGAUAUGUCACUGUACAUAGAAAAAAAACCCCAACAAACUUAAGCACACUUUCAAAAUGUGGAUUGGUGAGUACUAUACUUUUUUGCCAGAGGUUAUAUAAAAAAAGAUUUUAAUUACAUUAAGUUUUUGUAACUUUUACAUUUUUUAUGUCUUUCUUUGUUAAAUAAUCAUCUGAAUGAUAACUCUUUACUUUAUGUAACUUUUCAGUCAAUUUGCUGUAUUAUGGUUUUGAACAAAUGUAUUUCAUUUUCAUGACUUUACUUGUCUGCUAUAAGUAUAAUUUAGAUGUUUCACAUUUUUGCAGCUUGAAAUAGUAUAUUGUUUAAUUUAUGCGGAUUUUCAUUCAUUCCCCUCAAUUUUGUAUUAAAAUCAAGCAUCCCAAUAGUGACAAGAGUAAUACAGUACUACCUAAAACAAUAAGAAAUUACCUGCAUGUUAAAUAAUAUACAACAUAAAAACCAAACUUAACUGAAACCACAAACUACUAAAUAGUUGUAUUAUCAUUGUCUUCCUCGCUUUGGAUUUCGUUUAGAUUUGUUUUAAUAACAUUUUGCUGCACUGUGCUUUUUUCUCAAUGUAACCUCAUUUAAUGCUAUUUGUUCGAUAGUUAUGUGAAUAUGUUUACAUUCUCAUUUUAACGUCUUUAAUGUUUAAAUGUAGUUGUGUUAAGUAUUUUGAUCUACAAGGCUUUGUAAAACUAACAUUAU